AUGGAGGCCGGAAUUCCCUCGAAUUUUACUUAUCUGGGGCGGAGCUUUGGUGAUCUAAGCAUCAGUAAUGAUUCAUCUUCAGCUUUCAGUGACUGCAACAGCGAUCAAUCAGGUGAAUUCCCGACCACCUCCACGCAUAGCCGUCGCCUCCUAGUGGCUUGCGCUUCUGAGAAAUCAGAUUCGUCAACUUGUCUCCGAUCUCGAAUCGGGCUCGCUAGACCUGUGCAGAGGCAGGCGGCCAUGGAGCUUAGACUCCUCGCCAAGAACAAGCAGGAAAACCGCCUCAAGAUUGCUCGUGAUGGGGCUGUAAGGCCACUUAUCUCUCUUAUCUCCUCUUCCGAUGCUCAACUUCAAGAGAACGGUGUCACCCCGAUUCUGAACCUCUCCUUAUGCGACGAAAACAAGGACCUAAUUAAGCCCCUGGUGAGAGCUCUCAAGACGAGGACAGCAACCGUGAAGGAGAACGUCGCCUAUGCCCUGCUCAGCUUCUCGCAUGAACAAUGGCAAAAAGUUCCGAAAAGUAUGAACAGACAAUUUCUGAAUUCCAUUGCAGAUCUAUAA